AUGAAAUUCAGUCUAAUCAAAGCUCUCGUUUUCCUCAUUGUUCUCAUGAAGAAACGUCCACUACCAACACCGCCAUCCAGCAGCACCCCAACCAGCAGCCCAUCCAGCAGCACCCCGACCAGCAGCCCAGCAAGCAGCCCAUCCAGCAGCCCAUCCAGCAGCUCAUCCAGUAGCUCAACCAGUAGCUCUACCUGUUCUGGCUCACAUUCAGGCGAUGGCACAUUCUACAAUCCUGGUCUCGGUGCUUGCGGUCAAACAGAUGACGAUCAGUCUAUGAUUGUUGCACUGAAUGCACCAGACUUCGACCCAUCUACACCUAAUGGAAAUCCAAAUAAAAACUCAUUAUGCGGUAGACAAAUUCGAAUUUGCUAUAAUGGAAAAACUGUCGUAGCUACAAUCGAAGAUCGGUGUCCCGAAUGCGCUUCGGGAGCUAUUGAUAUGUCGCCCGCGGUGUUCAAUCAACUUGCGGAUCCCUCAGUGGGCCGUCUUCAUGGUGUACAAUGGGAUUAUAUCUAA